AUGGACCGACUGAGAGUGAUGACCGGCGCCCGGCGCAUGUUCAAUGGACCUCUGCACAAGUGUUCCAAAGCUUCGGCGGGCCACUGUCGCACGUCGCCGUCCUGGACUGCAGCCGUACGCAUGUUCGGCGCCACUUCCUCCCGUUCCACCCCUUCGUCUUCAACCGGACCGAUAAUUUUAGAAUCUCCGUUCGGCACCGUCAACCCCGUGGAUGUCACCCUGCCCGAAUACAUAUGGAGGAACGUGGACAAGUGGGAAGACAAGCCGAUGAUUACAUGCGGUAGCAGUGGAAGAUCAUACACUUAUGGCGAAGGUCGCAUGAUUUGCAAAUUGUUCGCUAGUACUCUUAUUUCAAAACUUGGUUUGAAAAAAGGUGAUGUGGUUGGACUAUUAUUGCCUAACCUACCAGAGUACGUUUUUGCCAUUCAUGGAGCCCUCGAAGCGGGACUGGUCGUCACUUUUGUUAAUCCUCUUUACACUGCCAUGGAGGUAAAACGACAGUUCGAAAACGCUGGUGUAAAACUCUGCAUGACGAUAUCUUUAUUACUUCCUGUAAUUAAAGAAGUAUCCCCUAGCCUCAAAGGUUAUGUGGGCACCAUAGUAUUUGGCGGUGAUGAAGUUGCAAAUGAAAAAGCUCGAGUGUACGAUUUCAAGACUUUAGUGUCAGGACAAUCGCCUGGUGAACUACCAAAAUCGUUUGCCCAUGAAGUUGCUUUAUUGCCAUAUUCUAGUGGUACAACCGGGCUUCCAAAAGGUGUGAUGUUAACCCACAGAAAUUGUGCUAUAAAUUUGGAGCAAUGUAUAAGCAAAGACAUCAUCAGUUAUGAGCCAACAACUGAUGACUACCAAGAAAGAGUUCUUAGUGUUCUACCAUUCUUCCAUAUUUAUGGCUUUAAUGGAAUAUUAAAUGGAGUAUUGUCGCAUGGUCUUCAUAUGAUUACCAUACCAAAAUUUACUCCUGAAUCAUACAUUGAAUGUGUGCUUAAAUAUAAACCAACUUUUCUGUUUGUGGUGCCUUCAUUACUGUUGUUCCUAGCCUCGCAUCCAUCAGUAAAAGCAGAACAUUUAAGCUCAAUCAAAGAAAUUACAUGUGGUGCUGCACCAGCAUCGAAAGGUCUUAUCGAUAAUUUUUUACUUAAAGCUCAAAAAGACAUUAGAAUUAGACAAGGUUAUGGAAUGACCGAGUCAGCUCCCGUAUCUUUAUACACAAGAGUUACAUUGCCUGAAAAUAAAACUGGUAGCACAGGACAACUUGUACUAAGUACUCAAGCUAGGGUGGUCAGUUUAACCGAUGGAAACGACUUGGGACCACAUAAAUCUGGAGAACUAUUGAUUAGAGGACCCCAAGUGAUGGCUGGAUAUCUUAAUAACGAAAAAGCAACAAAAGAAACUGUGGACGAAGAUGGUUGGUUACAUACUGGUGACGUUGCUUAUUAUGACGAGGACGAAUAUUUCUAUAUUGUAGACAGGACAAAGGAAUUGAUAAAAGUCAAAGGGAAUCAACGCGGCAUCAAGAAAUCUGCAGAAAACGAAUUUGUGACCUGA